UCCAAGAGGAGUCUUGCUUUUGUUUCUCCGUGCACUAUGCACAUGGCAGAUGCGGGUGGUACUUGGGUUUCGGCUCCAGGGUCCCUGAGGCCCAGGGACUAGCCCGUUUGGCGUGGCUGAUUGGGGCUGGGGCAUGAGGGCAACAGAUUCCAGGCUGUACUCCCAUUAGGUCGAAGGGCUCCUUCCGAGCGCUUUCUCGUGACCCUGGGUGAGAGUGGCAGGCGCCCUGCUGCGUAGGCUCCCCCGGGCACAGCCGCUGGCGGCGCUGCAGUUGCUCGAAGGGGCUUCCCAGGCUUCGCUGCUUGCUUUUCCCGCCGUCUUAGGUUGCGGGCGGCGUCGGUUCCCUCCCCGGGGGGCGCAGCGGCCGGAGGCGGGGGUCGCAGCGGCCGCUCGGGGCGGCGCUGGGCGGGCGGGCGCUGGGCCCGCCCCGCCGGCAUCCUUGGCCCGACUUCCUUCUGCCGCGGGCGGCUGGCCCAGCUGGAGGAAGCGGCGGUGGCGGCCACGAUGAGUGCGGGCGACGCAGUGUGCACCGGCUGGCUCGUUAAGUCGCCCCCCGAGAGGAAGCUACAGCGCUACGCCUGGCGCAAGCGCUGGUUUGUCCUCCGGCGAGGCCGCAUGAGCGGCAACCCCGAUGUCUUGGAGUACUACAGGAACAAGCACUCCAGCAAGCCCAUCCGGGUGAUAGACCUCAGCGAGUGUGCAGUGUGGAAGCAUGUGGGCCCCAGCUUUGUUCGGAAGGAAUUUCAGAAUAAUUUCGUGUUCAUUGUCAAGACUACUUCCCGUACAUUCUACCUGGUGGCCAAAACUGAGCAAGAAAUGCAGGUGUGGGUGCACAGCAUCAGUCAGGUCUGCAAUCUUGGCCACCUGGAGGAUGGUGCAGCAGAUUCCAUGGAGAGCCUCUCUUACACGCCCUCCUCCCUGCAGCCAUCCUCUGCCAGCUCCGUUCUUACCGCCCAUGCUGCCAGCUCCUCUUUGCCAACAGAUGACCCAAACACUAAUGCCGUAGCCACUGAGGAAACCAGAAGUGAGUCAGAGCUUCUCUUCCUUCCAGAUUAUCUGGUUUUGUCCAACUGCGAGACUGGAAGACUGCACCAUACCAGUCUACCCACCAGAUGUGAUAGCUGGUCAAACUCAGACCGUUCAUUGGAACAGGCUUCAUUUGAUGAUGUUUUUGUUGACUGCCUGCAGUCGCUCCCCUCCAGUCAUUUGGUCCACCCCUCAUGCCAUGGCAGUGGAGCUCAGGAGGUGCCAUCCUCGAGGCCUCAGGCUGCCCUGAUCUGGAGUAGAGAAAUCAAUGGGCCACCCAGGGACCACUUGUCUUCUUCACCAUUGCUGGAAAGUUCCUUAAGUUCCACCAUUCAGGUAGAUAAAGAUCAAGGUUCCUUACCCUGUGGAGCAAAAGAACUAGACAUUAUGUCCAAUACCCCACCUCCCCGCCCCCCUAAGCCAAGCCAUCUGUCUGAACGGCACCAAGAGGAGUGCAGUACACACAGCGGCAGCAAGAAGCCAGAAUGCACUCUGGUUCCAAGAAGAAUCUCCCUCUCUGGUUUAGACAACAUGAGAACCUGGAAAGCUGACGUAGAAAGCCAAUCCUUAAGACACCGAGACAAGCGGCUUAGUUUAAAUUUGCCAUGCAGAUUCUCCCCAAUGUACCCCACAGCUUCAGCCAGUAUCGAAGACAGCUACGUGCCCAUGAGCCCGCAGGCUGGUGCCUCUGGUCUUGGACCCCACUGCAGCCCUGAUGACUACAUUCCAAUGAACUCAGGAAGCAUCUCAAGCCCGUUGCCUGAGCUACCUGCAAACCUGGAACCUCCCCCAGUGAAUAGAGAUCUCAAGCCUCAGAGGAAGCCACGGCCACCUCCCCUGGACCUGAGAAACCUCUCCACCAUCCGGGAACAUGCAUCUCUUACCAGGACCCGCACUGUGCCUUGCAGUCGAACCAGCUUUCUCUCUCCAGAAAGAAAUGGUAUUAAUUCUGCAAGAUUUUUUGCUAAUCCUGUUUCCAGAGAAGACGAAGAAAGCUACAUCGAAAUGGAGGAGCACCGAACAGCCAGUUCCCUGAGCAGUGGUGCUCUUAUGUGGACAAAGAAAUUCAGCCUAGAUUAUUUGGCCCUGGACUUCAAUUCAGCAUCACCAACUCCCAUGCAGCAAAAACUUCUCCUUUCAGAAGAACAAAGAGUAGACUAUGUCCAAGUGGAUGAGCAGAAGACACAGGCUCUCCAGAGCACAAAACAGGAGUGGACAGAUGAAAGGCAAUCCAAAGUAUGAGAGGUGCGGGCUUGUGCCAUGUGUGAAACAGGGAAGCUUGGGGCUCAGUUUGAGUUUUUUCUUUUUUUUUUUGUCCACUAAAAACACACUGAUGGUCAACACAGGUCAAAAUCAAGAGGGAAUGUGUAGUUUUCAAGGUCUUGGCCAGAACCUUUAGGAAAGAAGACCUGUUUAUACAUUGAAGGAAGAAAAGAAGGAAGCAAUUGCCUUCCAGAGGGGGCUCUGAGAGAAUCUAGCCUCCCCUCUGUCCUAUUGGAGCAAAGAUUGGAGUGAGUGUUGCCACCAACAGGAUUUUAUCGUUUGACUCCAAUACCUGAAAUUCUGACCUCUCUCCUGUGCUUCAAUGAGAAUGAUAAAUUAUCCUAGCAAAGGGGCCUCUGGAGACCAUCUUAUUCCAGCCUCUGAAGACAGUUGAGGAGAUCAAGCCCAGCGAUGGUGGCGUCAUUUCAAUACCCAAAGAAAGACAAGUGACAGGGGCAAUGGAUCUCAGGCUCUGAGAUAAGUAUAUCAGAUGACACUGGUGGCUCUAAGGAUAUUGCAAUUAAGCAGCUACCUGUAGCCAGGUAUUCUGCUGCUCUUGGCCUUUCCCCACGCAUCGUCUCAUGUCUUCUCCAAAAGACCUUGGAAGAUAGGCCUGGAAGAGACUGUUGAUGCCACUUUGAAGAAAAGAACACUGAGAACUAGAGGAGGGAAUGCUUUGCCCAACAUUACUCACAAAGCCAAGACCCAGAGUCCGGCUUAGAGAAUAGAGUUGUCCAGGCUGCCAAUUGCAAGCUCAUUCCUCUACCUCACACUUCCUCUGAGGAUUUUGACAAAAUGGAUUAAUUGGGUGAGCCUUGGAGACAUGUGGGAAACACCUGCAGACAUAAAAUGAGUAAUCAUCUUGUCUCCCUUUCAAUAGGGAUCUGAACAGGUGUUUUGAUACUUGAAAGGUGUGCAUGUCAAGUGAGGGUUUCUUUCUGUGAUGUUCAACUGGAACUCUCUCAUCAGUAGUUACAAUUAGAAAUACCUACUGAUGGUCGGUCUGAAGGCCAUUCUCAUGGUCACCUAUACAGUGUGUUUCCCUGUGAGCUGGCUAACGCUAGCAGAGGAAUUUUUACCGCCUUGGGGAAAGCAUAGGUUGUCCCUGGUUAUCCUAUGAUGGGCCCAAGCUUUGGAGUGAUAGAGAAAAAUGACCAGGAAAAAACCUAUGAAUUCCAUUCUUAGAUUUCCCAGCCAAUUGCUCCCUUCUGCUUGAGAAGUGACUAGGUACUGAGAGUACAAACACUCCCACUUUAUAAUGAGGGCGUCAUGUCACCCCUUCCUUUACAGGUCUUGGGGUCCAGGAGACCCAGAAUGAAGGUGUCAGUUGGGCAUGAAGUGUUAUUUAAUGUCCGUUCUUGAUCCUUCUGAGCACCUACAGCUGGAAACUAAGCAGAUACUGGUCCUGCAUUCUGACUGAGAUUGUGUCUUCUUUAUGAGGAUAGAUCAAAUUGGCAGUCAGGCCCAUGAUAGUCAGUGCAGUUGGUGCAGUUGUAGACCUUGCUACAAGAUUUCAGGGUUUCCAGUCACCCCACAGGUAAGUAAAUGCCAAAGCCUUCUUUUUUCAGACCGUACAAGAAGCCAUUUUGAUUUCCAAAAAAGCAGGUUCUGGUGACAUUAUUUUCUUCCUUGGACAAAGUGGGGGAAAAUUUCUAAGUAUUUUAACUGAGUUCGGGGUCCUUAGUGAGCCUGGACAGAGCAGGCAGAGGGCUCCCCACUCCCUAAGCCCCACAGUCAGCUCUGCAUCACCACACACAGCCUUCUUCCCCAUGUGACUUGCAAAGAGUCUCAGGCAAGAAACCAGGGCUUCAAACUGCCAGUUCCCAUGGAGGGUAGUUCCCUCAUGUGUGGAGCACUUGUGUUAGGAUCACUGAUUAUCUGACAUAGGCUGGUGCAGAAAAAAAUUGUAGGCCCAAGUGUCAAGAAGCACGCCAGAUUGGAGAUAGAAAAGAAUAGCUGAAAUUAUGUCAGUAGUGAAAUGUCACUCAAUUGACUCACCGAAAAAAGAAAAGAAAUCUGUUUCGGCCGGGCGCUGUGGCUCACGCCUGUAAUUCCAGCACUUUGGGAGGCCGAGGCGGGCGGAUCACAAGGUCAGGAGAUCGAGACCAUCCUGGCUAACACGGUGAAACCCCGUCUCUACCAAAAAUACAAAAAAUUAGCCGGGCAUGGUGGCAGGCGCCUGUAGUCCCAGCUACUCAGGAGGCUGAGGCAGGAGAAUGGCGGGAACCCCGGGGGGCGGAGCCUGCAGUGAGCCGUGAUCGCGCCACUGCACUCCAGCCUGGGCGACAGCGAGACUCUGUCUCAAAAAAAAAAAAAAAAAGAAAUCUGUUUCUACAAAACAUUUCCCGAAACAUAUUUAUAGCAUGAAGAAAUACACACAUGGGUAGUGUGACCUGUUUGGAUGUGAUUACUUAAAAAUGGAAUGCUCUGAAUAGGCACUCUCUACAUUAAAGGUAUGGAAGGCGAUAGGGGUCAGAAUUUUAAAAAUUUAAUUUUGAAAAAGGUGACUCACCCCUCAUUUCCAGAGUGUAUGCAAUUAUGUCCUGCUUUGAUAAAACUGCUAGAGGAUGGCUAUGCAAAAGCAUAACAAUUCAAGGAAACAAAGUACAGGUAGUUUUUGAGCUGACAGCAGCAAAGGCACCAUAAGUCAAAAUAAUUGGUUUUGGUGGAGAUGAUCGAUGUGUGUAUGUGUGAGAGAGAGCUAUGUUUCUGACCAAGGGCCCGAUGUUUGUUACAGAAAUGAUCCCAGAGACCUACAAGAUGUGGGAAUCAGCAUAACAGGGCAAUGCAGCAAUUAACCCCACAUUGUUUUCUGUAGUUCCUUUUUGUUUCAUUUUCUUCUGUCUCAUCUCGUUAGAAAAUUCCUCCCAGUCAGGGGUCGUCCAGUGCAGGACGGGGGACCCAAGGGUCUCAAGCCUGAAAGUCCAGAAGGUGACAAACCCAGGAGUACUGGGAGUUAAGCUUUCCUUGGGGAGGGAAGAGCCUUGAUGUCCAGCACACAUCAGGAAGAGCCUGGCUAUAAACGCACGAAGCGACCUACCCACUGUAGAGUCCACUUCACAGAAUCAGCCGAAUCAUGACCUUUAAAAGUUCCGAGUUGAAACUGAAGGCUCUCCUCAGACCUGGCUUUUUCCUCAGUCCCUUUUCAUACCAUCUCUGCACCCACAAUCACACUGAUUUUUCAAAUUCAUUUUGUUUUUGCUGUUUCAUUUCUGGCAUUAAUAAAGUCUUAUAAG